CAUCAAUAAUAAUAAAUACUAGUUGGUCAAACAUGCAGAACGAAAAACACAAGGAGUCGUCGAGUGAAAUUUUAAAGAAAAUCAAUUCUGGCGAAUACCGGCUUGUGAAGAAAAAUAAACGCAGCACAGUUUGGCAUGUUUACAGAGAAAUAGAAAGGCGGGAUGGCACAUUACUGAAGUGGAGAUAUUUUUGUGUUGGUUGUAAGCGCGUAAUGCAAUCCACUGGUGGCACAACUUCGAACCUCCGCAUACACAAAUGCCAUAUGCGAUACUUAAAGAACAACGCCAUUAUUGAGAACAACGCAGCCGCCCGGGAAAAGGCACAGGCGCAACGCACACACAACAGCCCAAAAUAUGUCGCUGUAAAAGGGCGCAAUACUACAAUUUACGAAGAAUACUACCAUGGUGAAUGGGAUAAUGAGGAACAAGUAAGCGAUGUCGAUCCCGAGGAUGAUAUACAAUCAGCGGAAGAUCCAACCUCAGUGGUCGAGGUACCUAAUGAAAGUGAGGAAACAGCUGAGCAGACGCCGGGAAAUGCGCGGCCGCUCUUUAAGUUUUUCUCCGACGAAUCCUGGUCGGUUGCAACCGAAGAGCAGCCAAUCGAAAUGGAUAACAAUCCCACGGAAAUAGUUUCACCAGUUAGUUUCAAAAAGGAAACUAUCAAACCCAGUUCUAUGACAGUAGAAAUUGAUGCCAAUGCUCUGGCGGAAGCUGAAAGCUACGCUCAGGCUUGGGCCCAUGCCUUCCUUAAACUCAACGAAGACCAAAAAUUCUAUGCAAAAAGAUCGAUCGACGAGCUUUUGGUGCUGGGUCGCUUGCAAAGACUUUCCCUUUCUACGGUAACAUCGCUAACAACAAAUUUAUAAAAUCAAGAGUUGAUACGCCAAUAACCAAUAUCUUAAUUAGGAUAGUUCAUGCAUUCUUGAAAUUGAUACUUUCCCAAUUGUCGGAGUAGUAGAAGAAAUGAAGACAAUCGCAAUAGCAAGUUCGAUGACUAUGGUUUAAGCUUAGCAAGUUUCUUCAUUCAAACAGAGGGACAUGGCCAGUCAUCCUGCCAAAUUAUUUUUACCUUGCUCGGUCUGAUAUCGCUCCUUCUACCAGCAGUAUUUUAUAAUACCUCUUUACCCUUCGAGUACAGGCUAUAAUUGUAAAGCUUUUGGAGCUUUACAUCAAAUCGGCGCAAAUAGAUUGGACAUUUCGAUUGAAUUUCAAUGGUUUUUAAAAAUCUUAAUUUGUCUAAUAUUUAACAUAAAACUUUAUUUUGAAAUAAAAUAAAAAUGCAAGUCGAAUACUGAAAUCUUAAAA